UGAGAAACUGAAGGGUACUUUUGGAAAAUACAUUCAUCUCCCGCCAAACCGUUUACAAACACUUAACGGCCACUACAUUUAACCCAAAUUAGAAAGAAGAGUCUCAUUUUCUCCCUCUCUCAGAAACUUUUCCCCGGAAGCAAACAAAUCUUAGAAAGAUAAAAGAAACCAGCAAUGAACUCUACCUCUCCAGCUCAUUCCAACGCGAUCAUUUCAUUGCUGCUUCUCACAAUGAUCGCCCUGUGCUCGACGGCGGCGCAGUUACCGGCGGGAGGCUGCGCCGGAGAGCUGAUUGCAUUCUCUCCAUGCCUGCCAUUCGUAUCGUCACCACCGAACAAUGUGACGUCGUCGGCUUCUUCGCAGUGCUGCGGUGUGUUUUCCUCGGCUUUUGAGAGCGCUGACGGCGCCUGCCUCUGUUACCUUAUCCAGCAGCCUCUGAUCUUGGGCUUUCCUCUGAACGCCACGAAACUUCUCGCUCUUUCUUCUCUUUGCCCUCCUGGAAACGCCACUUCUGCCUGGAACGCUUCUCUUGAAUCCUUCUGCAUAGGGUCACCAGCAUUGCCUCCCCUCCAGGGCACAACGGGUCCAGGGCUUGGACGGCAACCUCCCACUACUAGUGAUUCAGCUCCUGCUAAAUCUCCACCUCAUUUUCCAAGCUUCCCUGCAGAACCUCCAGGGCAUUUACCAACAUUGCCAAGCUCACCCCCAAACUCAUCAGUGCAACCAGAAAAGAUGGACAUAAUUAGAAUUUGGUUUCAACAAGGAAUCAUUGUUGUCAUUGUUCUUAUCCAAGCUUACCUUUAGUUCUACAUGACCUUUCAAGUAAUUAGAUAGAUUUCCUGUAGAAAGAGCAUCCUACUGCCACAAGCUUUUCACAAUUGUGAUACAUUAUUUCUGCAAAUUGAA